CCCGCGGAGGAAGGACGGGCUCCAAGAUGGCGGCGCCGGAGGAGCGGCUCGUGUCGGAGGGCGAAGGCGGCGCCCCGGGCUCGGCGCGGCUCUCCCCGGCCCCGCUGCCGGAGGCCGCCGAGACGCUGGCGCCCAUGGAGCCGCCACCUCAGAGCAAUACGCUCAUGGGGCUGCCCAUCGUGGCUAUCGAGAGCAUCCUCAGCUUCCUGUCCUACGAUGAGACAAGCCAGCUGCGCUUGGUUUGUAAGCGAAUGGACUUGGUUUGCCAGAGAAUGUUAAAUCAGGGAUUUCUGAAAGUGGAAAGAUACCACAACUUGUGUCAAAAGCAAGUUAAAGCUCAACUUCCAAGACGGGAGUCAGAAAGGAGAAAUCAUUCAUUAGCUCGCCAUGCAGACAUCCUCGCUGCUGUGGAAACGAGACUCUCUCUCUUAAAUAUGACUUUCAUGAAGUAUGUGGAUUCCAAUCUCUGUUGCUUCAUACCUGGCAAGGUAAUAGAUGAAAUUUAUCGAGUGCUAAGAUAUGUAAACUCUACAAGAGCUCCUCAGAGAGCUCAUGAAGUUCUUCAAGAACUAAGAGACAUUUCCUCCAUGGCUAUGGAAUAUUUUGAUGAGAAGAUUGUUCCAAUACUGAAAAGAAAGAUGCCUGGGUCAGAUGUAUCGGGACGUCUAAUAGGAACUGCCCCAGUUCCAGGACCUUCUGCAGCACUGACAACAAUGCAGCUGUUCUCCAAGCAGAGCCCUUCCAGGCAGGAAGUCACCAAGCUGCAGCAGCAGGUGAAAGCCAACGGCACGGGCCUGACGGCGCUAAAGCGGGAGAUCUCAGAGCUGCGCGUCAAAGUGCAGGAGCAGCAGAAGCAGCUCCAGGAUCAAGACCAGAAACUGCUUGAGCAAACCCAAAUCAUUGGGGAACAGAAUGCCCGCCUGGCCGAGCUGGAGCGCAAGCUGCGAGAGGUGAUGGAGAGCACAGUAGGGAAUUCUUCAGGUUCCGGCUCAAAUGAACAAUCUCCCCGGAAACGGAGGAAGGCGGUGGAUUCCACAGACUGUCCUAGGAAAUCUAAACGCCUUCGGAACAGAAAAUAACUGGGAAGGAAAUGGCACCUUCAGGAGGAUACACUGCUCUAGUAGCCUAAGCAGGCCUGCUUGUUUGGAUACUGUGACCAGCUUCAUGGUGUCACGUAGGCUGCUGGCUCUUCAAAACACCACUUAGACUUGAACAGUAAUUUUCUUUCAUUGACUUUUCCCCUGCUUUCUAUAUGGGUGGGCCUAAUGCACAGAAUCUUUAAGAUUUGCAAUAGCUACGUACUAACCACACCUGCUCUGUUAUGUUUUGAAGGGUUAACCUUUUUUUCCGUGCAGAUGUGUUUAAAGUAAACUUAUUUGUGUUUAUGCAUAUGUUCACAUAAAAUCUUAAAUAAAUUGUCUUAACUGACUAAAUGGUUAAGAGUAAAAACAGAUGUCCUGUUCACUUGAAGGAAAGAUCCGCUUUUAAAACCUUGUUUUUGAGAACUUGACCUUUUUUGUUACAAGUGACCUUGUCUGGAAUGUCUGAAAAGUAGUUAAUACUUUUUGGGGUUCUCUGUAAUGAGUAAAACUGACUUCUUAAGCUACAGUAUCGGCUAUAUAUUUUUGUAAACUUCCAUGGAAGGGCCUUCUAUUCAGUCUUCACAUGCACACACCCUGGUUCUAGGUCUUGGGAGCCAUAUUCUACAUUUGCAUGGAUAGAUGCAUGUACAGCUUAGUCAGCCUGCCAAAAGCACUUGCCUGAAACUGUUCCAAACUCUGGGAGAGAGCACAGAGACCUGUCAAGCAAUUCCUUUGUUCCUCAGCCAUAACUCAGUCUCUGCUUUCAGCACAGCGGCUUCCUCGCAGCGAGGUGGUCUGGGAAGGUGAGCGGCAGAAGCGUUUGAGCCCGGGCUGUGUGGCUGCUACUCGCCCUGCCUGGAAGGGAUUUAUUGUUAGCCAAAGCUGGAGAAUGGAGAGGCUGCCUGUGCAUCACUUGGUUCAUAGGCCAACACCGAACACCUACAAAUUGUCCCUGGAGUCACCGAGCUCUGGGGACAUCAUUUGCGUGAAAUGCUGUAUUAUGGAAGAACUUAAACUAUUUUGUGUGUCUGUGUUGGGGUUGGGGUGGAAAUUUCUCUGUAACACUGAUGACAAUAUUCUAAGCUUUCCUUAUCCUAAAAGGUAUACCACUUCAGACAGAGCUUUAAUUUCUUUUGCACUUCUGUUUUGAGCUUGUAACUGGAAAAGCAUGUCUUGCACUGUUCAGUCUCUCUGGUCACUUUAACCACCUCAGAGUUGUGUACAGUGAUUAUUCCCCCCUGCCAUCUGUAUAUUUUUGGAAUCUUAUACAAAUACCAUUGUCCUUGGUUUUGUUUUAUUGUACUAAACUAUGUAGCUUUAUAAUUUGACUUAUGUUUUCUUUUUUUAACCAGCUGCUGCUGCUUUGUCUUUAGGUGGUUCUGAUUUCAACUUGGUAUGGCACUGAAAAUGCAAAUGCUGCAUUUGUAGCUUUCUUGAUAUUACUGCUGUGGGUUCAAGUGCAAGCUCAUUUUGUAUGGCUGUCAGCAUAACCUAGUGGCUGUAUUUAAAGCACCAAACAAAUCAGAAGUUGUGUGAUCAGAUCUUAUAUAAUCAUGGAAAACUGACAUUUUUCCUGAAACUUCAGCUACAGUUUUUACUUCUAAAACAUGGUAGCUCAUACCAGAAAUAAUAUUGCAAAUACCUAAUAUUUACAGACAUUAAGCUUUAAAAUAGACUUCUUGAGUAAUUUGAGUCUUUUCCAAAGAAAAAGGCAUUUUUCUUAAGCAUCAAGGAAAUGAUAAAAAGCUGUCUGAGAGCAGAAUUAAACUGUUGAAGGAGGAUUUGCUUGUACUGGUUUUCUGCAGCUCACAAUGUUUUUACGGGUAAGUCUAUCUUGGAGACAGGUACCUGCUAUUCAGCUUAAAAGUACUAGCAUAUACCUUAACUUCUAAAAAACAAUUUUAUGUCAAAGGGUCAGCAUGAUAGCCAGAAUUACUGUGUGAUACAAAUUAAUUGAACGCUUUUUUCUGAUAAAAUAUUCCUGUAAUAGAGUAAUUACCAGCUACUUGUGGUUAAAUACUUCCAAACAAGUAUAAACUUGUGAAUUGCAUUUACUGAAAAGGUUUAUUCAUACAUUUUGAAUAUUUUUCACUUUAGUUUCUUUAUUAAUUUCUAGAAUAUGCAGACAAUUUCCCUUUCCCACCAUCCCAGUAGCAUCCCCACAGUAGCAUUUCUGGAUGUGCUGGGGAAUCUCUGGCUGUCCAUAAACUGAGUUGGAAAACAACAGCCAGUUGUUAUGGGAAAUGUUCUCUGGGAACGGUUCCAACUUGGAACCUUCAGCUCAAGGAAGUAUCACAUGCUCCAGGAUUGCAGGUGCAUCCUGCUCCUCCGUGUGCUGAUAGUGAAAUGGAAUGAGGCCCACGAAACUUAAGGGGUAGGGGGGAUGGUUACAAGGCAGCUCUGAGAAAUUCCAUGAUGAAGAUACAGCAGUGUCUUCUAUUUCACGUCCUAGAGAGGGAAGGGUCUGAUGGCUGUUGGCUGGAAUGUACACCAGAAAAAUAUACAUGUGGGAAAAACAGAAUGAAGUAACUGGACAAAAUAGCUGGAACAUUAAUUUCUGACCCCAUAUUGUCCCUUGUUAAAUAAAAAGGAUUAAUUUGCAAUAUAUGAACAAGCUGAUGAAUCACCUGAAGUAAAACUAAAUCUCUUUUCACUCUCAGUGCCUGUGCACAUUUAUGUGAGUUGGUGUAUCAGCCUUGAAGUAGUGUUGGAAGUGAUUAGUGAUUGUAUCAUCUGUUCAAGGGAGAGCCUUAAACCAGUGAGACUGACAUGUAAGUUGCAAAAUUCCAUGAAAAAUUGAUUAAUUUGCAGCCACUCCUCAGUUUUAGUACUUGUGUCAAGGGCUGAAACUGAAAGAAAGAUCAGAACUGACAAGGAGAGCAAUUUUAAGUGUCUUACAUUUAGUUUCUUAAAAUAACUUGAAACUACUGAAGUAGCUUUACUGCUUUUCUAAAAAUAGCACUUGCUUAGGAACUGCUUUUGGUUUCAUAGUAAGGUUGAGGAUUUUUUUUUUACAAAUUUGUGUACCUAGUGACCAUGGUGAAAAUGAGAUCAGAAGAUACCAUAGUGGUACAUUUUUGAGGGGAAAAGCUGUUUGCAACAAGGUCUUGCUUCCCAAAUUGAACAGCCUCUGUGUAUGUAAGGACCCGCCAAACCUGGGCUAACGGGUGUAACAGGUAGAAGUGCUGAAGGAAGAAAGACUACCUGCUUAACAAGAUAAAUGUCACAGAUUAAAGAACAGAUGGAAGCAAAUGGAACUUUAUCAGUUCCUGAUACUCAGCAUUGCACGUUAAUUACCAAAUGUAUUAAUGCUACAGAGGAUGCUUGCAUGUAACUUCUUAAUGUAAAAGGUAAGACAGAAUUGAACAGAAACUCAGUUGCUCUUACUCAGAUCUUCUAACAGUGAAUUGUGGGGAGCACUAGGAUUGCCACAGGAAUUUUCAACAUUAAGAUCCUCUUGAAAAUAGGAUGAUGUAGGAUAUAGUGGAAGGUGUCUCAGCACAGGAGUCCCUGAUUCCUUGGUGUUCCUGAUGGUUUUGAAAGGAUAACUAGCAAAUUACAGUGAUAGAUUGUUACUUCAUGAAUAAAUAAAUUCAGUUAGGACUAUUUUACAGCAACAUGUCUGUUAGUUGUGGACUACUCUGUUUGACUCCAGUUGGAUUUCUGUGCUACUUUGCACUGUACAUGGCCCAGCCACUGUACCUUUUCCAUGAGCUCUCCACUCCUACAGUUCUCUUUCCUGGAUCUCACCUUCCAUGUUCUAAGGGUGCACUCCUGGCUUUGGUUUGUACAUGUAAUUGAACAUUCCAGUAUUUUUGUCCAAGCUUUGCCCCAGGUGAAGACACAGUAGGUACUGGAUCUCACUGUCUCUGGAAUGGAAAACGUCAGAUAGAAAAACUGUUGGUGUGCUGAAGACCUAAUAAAUCUGGAUUUGUUACACAGACUGCUUAAAC